GAUGUUUUGAUGACACGCAGCUCUGAUCACAAAGAGAAAUCUUCUCGCGUCGAUUUCUUCACAAAAACAUUGAAAUGUGAUCGAAAAUAAUUGGGAUCACCGAGGGAAACAGUUUAAAAUUAUCAUMAUGGCGGAUAGUACACCAAACAGCGAUGUUCCUAAGGGAAUGCGUCUCGUUGUGCGGGCGUGGGGAGCUUUCUCGGCGCUAUGUUGUGCAGCAAUGGGGUUCUUCGUUUUAUUUACUCUCUCAGCGAAGUGUUUUGGAUCCGGAUUGUUAAUGAUAUUUUUAGGUAUUUUUGUAAUGGCGUUUGAGGUACCAGCAUGUUGUCAAUAUAUGGGUUGGAUGGUGACUAUUAGCAACUGGGUUGAAAAAUAUUUUAAAUUCUGGAUGAGAGGKUGCCUCUACUUUGGAAUUGGUCUAGCUCCAAUAAUAAUGUGCCUACAAGUAUCCACCUUUGUUGGCAGUGGUGCUGUUAUAAUUACCGCUGCUUUAUAUGGAGUACUGGCUAUUGGAAGAAAGGGAGGUGCAGCUUCUCAAAACCAAGAAGGUGACGAUGUUGAAAUGAAGACAGGAUUGGUUGACAAGAGUGGUAACCCUGCCACUACUCCCUAAUAGGGAAUAAUAUGAAAUACAGUUAACUCUCUCUGCUUUAAAUCAGCAAUCAAGAACUCAUGCRAUGUUAUCAUGCAUACUAUAUGUACAACUAAGCUUUUUCCUCUCUGCGCAUCAUUUGCUGUUACUGUAUAUCCUAUCAUUUACAUCUUCAACUUUAAUGGUGGUAGAGGGGAGAAGUGGUAAUUUGAGGUAUUAUUCCCAGAAGUUCAUGAAACCCACUAACRUAUUUGCAUUUCCUACCAUUAACAUGGCUGCCAUGUCUUUGCUUGAGUGACUCUCUYCAGGAAACGAUUGCAUUGAAAACCAUUGAGAAUUAGGUGUAAGUAGUUGAUGCAAAAUCCAGGUUCAAGCACUUUUCAGCAUGAGAGAGUUAACUGUAUUAGACUAUAAAGAGCUUUAUUUUAUGAAAAACAAGAUUGAGCUGGUCCUGGGYACAAAAUUAGACUUUCCUGGUUGAAAGAAUUAUGUUUAAAAACAGAAAGCUGGUUUGUCUUUCAAGGUUUAAGUUAAAUUUACAGCAAUCACAACCCAUUCCUUUUUUGUGUCUUUGCCUUUUGUUCUGGUUAGUUUGCAUUUUUUUCAGUUGUCUCAGUUGUUGUGCAUGUAAAUGAAAUGGGGAAGGAAAAUGUGAUACAUAAUUGGUAGGGGUAGAUGGAAAUUUGGUAAAAUGUGGAYCUUUUAGAGGCUUAGUGAAGUUUUGAAGGUCCGAUCUUUACAUUAAAGAAAGUUCAYGUGUAUUGUCUGUAGAAAAAGAGGCUGCAACCCCUGUUGAAGAACCAAGCUCAUAGAACAAAGUCCAAAAACAAAAAAUAUAUUGAUUCCAUUCACAUAAACUCAAUGUACAAACCGCCAGAAUUAAAGACUAAUGUUUUUCAGCACCCCACACCACUAGCCUUCCACUUCAGCAAAAAUCACUUUUUUCCUAAUGACAACAUUCACUUAGCUUAUGAAUGAUUAUUUUGAAAUACAURAAGAGAAAUAAGUUUGUUGUUAAAAGGCUGGCUUGAUUGAGUACAUACACAUUGAUUMAAGAUAUUAUUAUUAUCAUUUAUAUAGGAAAUUCAGUGGGCAUUAUAGUUGUAGAUAUGGGGCAGAAUAAAUUUGAAUGAUGAAUAAGCAGUAGUUUAAUCUAACAUUCUUUGUUUUCAAAAAUGUUAAAUACUUCAGGCGAUAUGUACAAUAAUAAGCACAUUCUUUAUUUACUCAAUAAUGUUCACCAAUAUAUUUUUACAAACUCAACAAAGACCUGUUAGAAAAUCUAUUUAAUAUAUAUUAAUAAGUAUUUACUGUAAAGCCUAGCUUUCAUACAAUCAUCAUGAUCAAUGGAAUCUGUUGCUCAAAUUUCAGCCAUCCUGAUAAUAAUAUCGAGACAUCAGUACUCCAGCAAUUGUGACAAUUAUAUUGAAAGUGGCUCUCAUUUAUGGGCUGUAGAAAUCUCUAAUAUUGUUUAUUUGAUAACUUUAUUUUAUUUUCAUGGUGUGUCRCAGAAAUAUUUCAAAGGUAAAAAGAGGAAAGGGGUUGUUUCACAUAAUAUUUAUACAAUGUAGUUGGAACUUAUGGGAAAGUGAGGAAUAAAAUUAUUUAAAAUAAAAAAAAA